UUAUUAAGUUCGGGGAUCAUUCUGGCUUAAAACUUAAUUUAAACAAAAUCAAAGUUAUACCACUUAAUAUAAAUUAUAAUAAAACAAAUGGUAUAUGCAAUUUUGGAUGGUCUGAUGAACCAAUUAAAUACCUUGGGCUUGUAUUAUGCAAGAAUACCAAUGACUUUAAUGUCCUUAAUUGGUCUGUAAAGAUAGAUAAAAUUAAACGUAUUAUAAAUCUUUGGAAGAUGAGAAAUCUGACAUACUAUGGGAAAAUAGUUAUUAUAAAAAUGUUACUUGUAUAUAAGCACAUGCUACAUCAUGCCCCAAAAUUAUAUCAAAGAACUUGCCGUGUACAGGAUAAAGAUUUUAGUAAUUUUCUAAUUUAUGAUGACUCUCUUUGUUUCAUUUUGUAAAUUUAUUUUUAAUUAGAUUUGAAUUCACCGAUUGAGGGCGUAUUGUUUUUCUUUUGUACAGUCAUGGAAAGCGUGUCGGUUGUCCGUUUAGUUGUUAAAUUUCUUUAAUUUCGUGAUACGAGCCCAAUGACCUUCCACGACUAUCGGAGGGACUCGGCUAAAGUCGACACUUAGGACCUCUGAGUGUCAAAGCUGCCGGUACUUAAGGCUUGAGGAUGGGGUACUGGUUCAAGGAACCCUCGUCAAUACAAGUUCUGUCUUCAAACGAAACCAGGAAAGAACCGCCACCACAUCCAUCGUUUAUUGUGCUCCUGACAAAGAUCCAUGUUUAUCGAACCCCUGCAGUCAAGCCAAGGAGUGCUACGCACAUCCGUACGACCAGGGAUACGAUUGCGACUGUACUUUCGGUUACUACGGUGACGAGUGCCAGAAAAACGGGGAAAUGGGUGGGAUUGUCGACAAUGAAGGAAAGCUCUUGUUGUUCAAGAUGCCGACAUUUGAGUUGGAACACGAGAUACUGAUAGCUCCUCCCGAUCCAAUGAUAGUGCAAUACAAAUUUUACACGGUCUACGAUCGCCUGAAUGAUCUGGUCUACGUUGCGGCGAAUGAUGUCUUCUAGCGUGGCCGACCAGGGGCUUCUGGCCACUUUGAGCGUUUCAACGACUUCACCGAAAUGUAUGCCGGACAAGGAAGGAGUAUAUUGCUUGGCGACAAUUCUACCUGGUUGUAUCUGGGUAACAGCGACUCUGGUCUCAUAACGCGCCACCAGCUUCCGGAUAUGCUACAUGAGGAGACAAUCUACCAUGGCAUCUUCAACACUAGGACUACACGAGAGGAUACUCCUAUUUAUCCUGGUCCGUUCGUCAUGGCCAUUUCACACAUCCGAAGACUACUUUUCUGGAUGGAUUCGAAAGGGAUAAUGAGCUGCACCGUAGACGAUUGUAUGAACACUGCUGGCCGUGUCCAUUUAUUUUCCGAGGAAAAAAAAUAUCCAGGAGGAGUAGCUAGAUGCAGUCUCGUCGUGGAAGAUAAAAUUGGCAAGAUAUUUUGGUCUGACUAUCUUUCAACUGAGGACGGCUAUCCCCAUGAUAUCCUAAUGGCAGAUUUGGAUGGCAAGCGGGUUCAGACGGUGUGGAAACGGACUUCCAACUUCAAGCUGAUGGUAUUUACAAUAUGGAACGACUGGCUUGUAGCCUACGAAUUGGAGUCGUUUCGAUUCUGGAUGAGUAGAUUCCGGAGUCACAUCGCCGAGUCAAGUGAUGGGACCGCUCUGCCGUGGAAGUGGUUCCAGUCUACGUUCCAAGGAAAACAUUACAUAACUGAAAUGGUUUCAGUUUAAAGUUCUCAUGGCGGUGUAAUAAUUUAUGAAAAUAUACCUGUUGGCCUAUGAGAGUGUUUUAGGCAUCUUUAUUAGUACGUUCAUCGUCAAAGUUUUUAAUCUGUUGUGGAUUUUUGCCUACAAUCCUUGAAUCGCUUUGAUUAUUUCAUCAAGAUGGAAAGUACUCUAUAUCACUAUAAAUAAUUAUUAUCAUUACCCAGAAGUUAUUUUUUUAAUAUUCUGUGCUCAAUACUAAUUUUAUACCUAGAUCAGAUUACAAAGUCAACCCUUUUUGUGUAGGCCUAUAAUUCAUAUAUCUUGAAGUUGUAGUUAGUGCCCUUCCUAAUCACAUAUUGUUGGUGUUAUAUUAUCGCCUUGAUUAAUCACCAUUUAAAAUCACACUG